AUGGCGGAACCGUGGCUGGACGGGCUGGACGACGACUGGGAAUCGCAAGAGGUUAUAUCUGCGACCAAUUCGCCCUUACCUGGCGACGACGAUGUUGGCUAUGCUGACAUUUCUCCCACUCCCUCUCCACGGCCUUAUCGCGACAUCUCCAUCGCCAGCAACGAACCCCACAGCCACCGCUUGGGGCAGUACUCCACGAUUAACAGAAUGAGCGACGGCGAUGCGACCAUGCAGAUCAAAUCACGGAGCGAAGGAGUCGCCAAUAAUGAUAAUAAUACCACCCCCGAGUGGAAGAGGAGAAUUAUCAGGGGAGAACGCGCGCUCGGUGAGCCGAGCGACCUGUUCGGCCCAAUGGGGCUGGAGACCGUCUUCAGGCCGCCAUCGCUAUCAGAGUCGCAGUUGCAGUUCCAAUCCCAUCUCUCGAUCCCGCCCGUUGAUGGCGCCGCCCCUCAAGACCGAAGCGUGUCCUCGCGCAGGCCGUUCCAAGGCCAGAGAGUGAGCGGCAGCCAGAAGAGUCGAAGGAGCCAGAGGAGCCGCGGCAGCACUUUUCGCAGUUCUAACGCGGGAGGGAACGAUACGUCCUGGAUGGAACACAUGUCGGAGGUAAUAAUCGGUGGUGACGGCAGGCCCUACACUCCACUCAAAAAUCAGCUCGAAGGCGUCGAACCUCUACGAGAACACCUAUCCUCCCUGAGCCUCGAGCUCAACUCGAGACUGAAUUCUAGCAGCCACAUCGGUAUAACACGAGACAACGAGACCAGUUCCAUCUCGCUGCCCAAACGCACGAGCCGAAGUCCGACGCGUUUGGAAAACAUGUCUACGUUCAGUGACGGUCACCUACCGGACAAAAAUAUCGAACUUGAGGCCGAGAAUCUAACUUCAAUAUCAUUACCGGAGGGCCUAUCUAUGGGUACCCAGGAUUUCGCGUCCGCCGACGACUUGGCCACAACACGUCAAGGCGACAAUUCGGACUACAAUUUGCCUGGCGGACGGGCGCUAAGCUCAUCUUCGCAUCCUCCACUUGAUCAAGGCUCGAUUUUAGAACAAGAGCCAGUACCUCCUACUCCACGAACGCCGCCGUCAAUCCGCCUCUAUGCUCCCCAGGAGCAUAAGGAAGAACUUCAAGAGGAGAGCACGAAGCCUAGACCGUCAUCAUCUGGAAGUCCUUUGAAGCUAUUUGGAAACCAUGACACCUACACGAGCAACAAACUCCUGCGGCGAAUAAGCCAAUUUGAAGCAGCCAACGCUUCGAACGUAGAUGAUGCAAGCGGCCUCGAUGCUGAGCGCGAGGACAUGGCCCCAGACGAAAUACCCAAACUAUCUUCCAGGACCAAUAACUCCAGACCAAGCCAUGCUACAAGUGAGGAUAAGCAGUCUCAAAACCCCCUCCACGUACCCAAUUCUCCUAGAAAUAAAGAAAAUAACAAUCCACAACAUACCCACGAGAGACAGUUAUCUCCCCCGUCCAAAACUGAGGCUAAACGAAGCUUGAAACGGUCGUCGAAAAUCACAGUCUCCAAAAGGAGGAGGACGCUGCACGUUCUCCCAGGCCAGGAUCAAGUCUGGGAUGAGUCUAUCCUGGAUUCUACUGGACCUUUCUCAAAUCCUUCCCUUAUCGAAGGUGUAGGGAUAGGUCAGCAACGCUUACCCUCUUUUUCAAGACCAGCCGCACCGACACCCAGUGAUCAACGGCCUAUCACAAUAAGCAAUCAAUCCGUAUUCAUGGGGAGUGAAACGCAGGGAAUAUCUACAUGUCCCGAUGCCAGUUUUAUUUUCCAUAUAGACCAUCCAAGGAAAGGCUCAAUAACCACCCAGGAAUACUAUAACGAGGCUUCUAAAGUAAUGGACCAUAUUAGAGCCCAGGGGGGGCCAAUAAGCGGCUCCACCCGGCGGAAUGAGGGUUACCAGACCAUCUAUGAGGAUGAUUCUGCUCUGUACAGUGAUGAAUCUAGUGAAGAACAGUUUUCGAGACCCCCUAGUCGUGACGGUGUUGACUUACGGAAACUAAGAGAAAUGCCCCCGCAGAACCCAAGGAUUAUCAGUCACUUAAAGAAAUUUGAGGAGAAGGAUGAAUUCGAUGUUGGGAUGGGGGCUUCUGUCGAAUCCUUCAGAUUCGGACAGCAGAAUGGACCGCUCACGAACCAGUCGUCUCAUCGAAAUACUGGAUAUUUCGGUGGUACGGCGGAAAGCAGCCCUGAGAACAUCCGAAUACGGUCCAAUAUCUACCGCAAAGUGCAGCAUUGUGAUCAGAUGGUUCGGCGAGAGGAGUCGUUGAAAAGCCAAAAAUCAACCACAAGCCUUCCUACGGGCUUUUCUCAGGGCUCUGCCAGCAGUUCUGGUGCAAAAGGGGUCAUAUCCUCGGAUCGGGUUUCUCACUUAAUCCCAGAAAACAUUGGAAAGAUGAUAUUUGACCGAAAUACCCAGUGCUGGAUAAAGAACAGGGCCAAAUCGGAUCAAGAUAUUCUUAAUCGCUCCCAAACCGCCAGCGAGGACGACCCAUUUAGGGACAUAUCCGAUCUUAGUGUCGAUGAGAUAAAGGAACUUGCCGUCGCCCGCGGCCUUAUGCCGGGAGAGGGUGUAUACUACUCCUCACCUUCAUUCCCAGAAGGAUCUCUCCAAUCAGAGCCCGAGAAAAAAGCCCCUGUCCCAACUGAGAACAACCCUCGCCCACAAACUCAGGAAAGCGCCCAAAAUCCGAUGUCUGAGUCGAGUUCUGUACAGUCGAAAUACACUCGGUUUACCGUCAGUGUCCCUAAGCCAGGAACUAGAGCUACCUCUUGGGGAUCGGAAGAAUUCCAAACCCAUAAAGAUAAUCUUGAUAAACAUCAAAUCCUUCCUCAAGAAUGCGCUCCACUACAAGAAUCAGAUGGCCGUACACGGGCUGGCACGAUCACCUUUUCUUCCCCCUUGGUUUCCGGAAUUGCAUACCAGGGCGAAGAUGAACUAUGUUCCGAACAUACCCAAGAAGCUCAUGAAUGGAUAUCAGAUGCUACUGUCCAGAGCCCCUUGGGAAACAUCCUACCACAUAACAUUCCGUUACCCGAACAAGAUGGCUUUGAACUCUCCUGCAUUCAGGAAGGCACAGAAGAAUCAAUCGAUGAGCAAGGCGAGGAACAAAAUUUCGAUACCUCUGUUAUACCUUCAGCAGUUGAUAUCGACCAAUCAGUUAUGCUUGCUCCGCCUAACCCGGAAUCGAGCAACUACAGUUUUCACCUUAGUCCCCUGUCAGAGUUCACAGUGAAUCAGGUUGACGAGUCCAUGAGAGGUGAAACUAGUUAUAUUGCCAAACGAGCAAACCCUCGGGCUUUACGACAACUGCACGGAAAGUUGGCAUUGGCUGCCGAGGACAUUGUGCAACACAUCACAGACGCCGAGCCAUAUGAAGCAUAUUGGGAGCAGAUGCGUCGGCUGACCUUGCGUGGCAAGGGACUUUUAACACUUCAUCAGCUAGACAAAUAUUGUCCGCAACUACAAGAGUUAGAUGUAGGGGAAAAUAAACUUGGCCAGUUAAAAGGGAUUCCCGCAACAGUCCGAAGUCUCGAUUCGCCAUAUAACUGUCUUUCUGGUCUGACCUCAUGGAGCCAUCUGUCCAACCUCCAAUACCUUGAUAUAUCUGGUAAUGGGCUGGACAAUCUCCAUGGGCUAUCCGGCCUAUACCACCUGCGGAGCUUGAAUGCUAGCCAUAAUAAGCUCACUUGCAUCAAGGGAAUUUUUGGCCUAGACGGGCUUCUAACGCUUAAAGUCGCAAAUAAUCUAUUGACUUCUCUUGACUUUAAGCAUGCUGAUCUUAUUCGAUUGACUAAACUGGAUCUGAGCGAGAAUGGCAUUUGUAGCGUGCAGAAUGUCGAUGGCAUGCAAGGGAUUGAGUUUAUUGACUUGCGAAAGAACCGGAUGCAAGAAUUUAUUGUACAUCGACCUCUUCGCCACUUAAAGAUCCUCAAGCUGUCAGGCAACCGCCUCAAUCAUCUUGAUGUAUCGCCUUUCCCGUCAUUGCGUGUGCUAUAUAUCGAUUGUAACCAUCUGAGCACAGUAGAAAAGCUAGAUGAGUGCCGAUUUAUUGACACACUCUCCAUGAGAGAGCAAACUAUACCCUCCAAAGGCUCCAGCAGCGCCUGCUACGCUAAACCUAUGACUGUGAAUCUUAAUUUGGGCAAACUAUCCUCAAUCCGCAAAUUAUUCCUUUCGUCAAACUUUCUCUCUGCGUCUACGCUCACACCGGAUAUGCCCCUUUUGAGCUUGCAACUCCUGGACCUGGCAUCAUGCACGCUUGAAGAGCUACAUGGGCGGUUUGGGGAGACAUUUUCUCACUUAAAGACUCUGAAUCUCAAUUUUAACGCAUUGUCUGAUAUCAGUGGCCUCGGGGGAAUUAAACGACUGAAUAGGCUGUCUUUGGUAGGCAACCGCAUUUCGCGACUGCGGCGUCUCUGCAAGACUUUGAGUGAUAUUGGUGGUGCGUACGGCUCAUUGACUAGAGUUGAUCUGCGAGGGAAUCCGAUCACCAUUGGUUUCUACCCGACGCCAGUGUCAGGAAGUGGAAGACAACACUAUAAGCACACAACAGAGGAUAAGGUUCGACGAGAACUUGUCAAACAUGAGACUGAGGAAGACAGCCAUGACAAGUCUCUUCCAUAUAUUGGGGGAGGCAGAGAUAUUACUCGACAUCCCUCUUACAAUUCUAACAACUACAUCGACUACCCCCCCCUGGACGGCCAUGAUGAGCAAAAUGGGGAUGAAAACAAGAAAGAAGUAGACGACCCGUACACCGUCCCCGUCGCGGAUCUAUUCGCAGAUGCGAAGUACCAAGCGCAUCUAGACGAGCCGACCCGGUUGCGGCGGCGGGUAAUAGAACUUAUGAUCCACAACGCUACGUCAGGACGGCUAACGUAUCUCGACGGCCUGCCGCAGAGCAGUCCGCCGGAUGACGAUGAAAUUAACGAUGAUGACGGCGGGCAUGUCGGUCCUGGCGAUAUACAUGUCCAAGCCCACGAAGGCGCAGUGAGGGUGAAAAAGGACUGGGUCUGGAACCGACUUGAACAGCUAGGCGUACUGAGGAGGAAGGAAAAGGGAUGGGAGAAAAGGAAUGGGAGGGGAUAA